AUGUCUGCACCAGAACCCUCCAAGGACCUCGCCGGUCACAGUCCACGGUCGUCGGUGGACACGACUCGUUGGUGGAGAUAUCCCAAUCUGCGUGCCCUUAACCUACUCAUGAUUAUCCCGCUCCUGUCAAUUUUCUCUCAAGGUUUUGAUGGGAGUAUGAUGAACGGUCUCCAGUCAGUCACCCAUUGGCAGACGUACUUCGGUUCACCAACUGGCGCUCUGCUCGGCUUCUUCAAUGCCGCCUAUCCACUCGGUGGCAUCCUUGGCUCAUUUGCCAUCUCACCAGUAGCCGACACUUUUGGUAGAAGAUGUGGCAUUGCAUUUGGAGCUGCUCUCUGCUGCAUCGGCGCUGCCAUCCAAGGUGCUUCCAUUAACAUCGCCAUGUUCAUAAUCUCCCGAGUCAUCAUCGGUUCAGGAAGCGUGGUAGUCGCCGGAGUUGGCGCUCCCUACAUUACCGAGAUAGCACAUCCCGACCAGAGAAGCACAGCUACUGCCCUUUUCCUCACAUUCUACUCUAUUGGAUCCAUCAUUGCUGGAUGGUGUACAUUCGGUACCUUCCGCAUAGACAGCACAGCAUCUUGGCGCAUUCCAUCUGCCUUGCAAGGACUCCCUUCCAUUAUCCAGCUCCUCCUCGUGUGGUUUGUGCCCGAGUCUCCACGAUGGCUUGUCAGUAAGGGCCGCGAUGAAGACGCUCUAGCUAUGCUUGCCAAGUACCACGGUGAGGGUGACGAACUGGAUCCCGUGGUCCAGCUCGAAUACACCGAGAUCAAACAAACUUUGAGUGCCGAAGCAUCUGACCACAACAUGUUUACCUUUCUCAAGGACCUGGGCAGUACUGCUGGUAACCAUCGACGUAUGUUUAUCAUGGUUUGGGCCGCUAUAUGCUCACAGAUGUCUGGCAACGCCUUUGUCUCAUACUACCUAUCUCCUAUCCUGCACUCCGUUGGGCUCAAGUCGGACCUUCAGCAAACUCUUAUCAAUGCCACUAACCAGAUGCUCUCCUGGUUCUCGGCCAUCUACUUCGCUACGUUGCCCGCUAAAGUCGGCCGUCGCAAGCUCUUCCUAUGGUCUUUAGGGGCCAUUUGGGUUGUUGACAUCUGCAUCACUGCAGGAAGUGCUGUCUUUGCUAAAGACAAUACCAACAAGGCCGCAGCUUACACUGUGGUAGCCUUUCUGUACCUGUUCUCCCCUGCCUACAACCUGGGUUUCAACGGCAACCUCGGCCUCUACAUCCCCGAGAUUCUUCCCUAUCGCAUGAGAACCAAGGGUUUGUCCUUCUUCUAUUUCGUCCAGUUUUGUUUUAUGAUGCUUUCCACUUUUGUUGUACCCAUCGGUCUUGAGGACAUUGCUUGGCGCUUUUACAUCAUCUUUGUAGCUUGGGUCAUGAUUGAGUUUGUUGGUGUCUGGUUUGUUUUUCCCGAGACAAAAGGUCCAUCACUGGAGGAAAUUGCUUAUAUCUUUGAUGGUCCUCAGGGUGUUGUUGGGCAUGCUGCUGAGGUUGUGGUUGAAGGCAAGACCCCGCGCCUUGUGGAGCAUAUUGCAAGUAAGGAGGCGGUCUAG